ACCAACUCAAACAGUCCCACAGAUAUAAGAGUCAAAGGACUCUUCCAGAACCACCCAGAGGAGCUUUGCACGAUCUUGAAGAAAUUUAAUCAAAAUAAGUCAAAUAGGAUCUUCAAACAGAGUUCAAACGGCACUCUUGCAUCUGUUGAGAAGUAUUGUUGGACUUAGUGAAACAAGUACACUAAAUAUUUUAGAGAGAACUGACCCAAGAAAGAAUCAACAACCAAUACGCAGAUUUUUCAGAAUCUCAGAAGCCAGAGCAGCUCCUCUCUCCAGCGUGACUUCUGCAACUCUUUCAGAAGAUAUCUGCCUGGACGUCUUACACGGAUUGCUUCAGAUAUCCUGGCUGAUUCUCUCCACAACACAGACUACAGAGUCUGUAAAAGGAGCUCAGAAUUGUGAAUUGUGCGGACAUGGACGCGGAGCCAUGACCCACAUGGAAGAGCAAGAGCGAGUCUUCAGUAGCUACAGUGAGGAUGACGGCCCCAAUGACAGCUGGUCUUUGUUACAGACCAUGAACUAUGUGGGUCAGUUGGCGGGCCAGGUGUUUGUGCAGGUCAAGGAGCUGUACAGGGGACUCAACCCUGCAACACUGUCUGGAUGUAUAGAUGUCAUCGUGGUGCAGCAGCCUGAUGGCUCCCUGCAGUGCUCCCCCUUCCACGUCCGCUUCGGGAAGAUGGGCGUGCUGCGGUCCCGUGAGAAAGUGGUGGACAUAGAGAUUAAUGGAGAGCCAGUGAGUUUGCACAUGAAGCUGGGAGAGAAUGGAGAGGCCUUCUUUGUCAAAGAGACUGAGAACACACUGGAAAUUGUUCCGUACCACCUUGCAACAUCACCGAUCAUGUCAACGGGGGCGGAGUUAAUGGAGUCCCAGCUAGGCAGGGGGAGUUCUCGACACCAUGACACCAUCCCCUGUAGCUCACUUCCUGUCCAGAGCCUGGGACCGCAGCAAAGUGAUGGUGGGAUGACCAAGAAGAGGAGAAAGAGAAGGAGGAAGGCACGGCCAGAGGCAGGAGGAGGAGGAGGGAGGAGAGAGGAGAGCGGGGAAGAGUUCUCGGAGGACGAGGACAUGUUUACUAUUGACUUGAGUUCAGAUGAGGAGAGAGAGGGUGACGGCAGCAGACCUGUGUAUGGUGAUCAGGGGUCUGCAGCCAACACUCGCACACGCCCUGGCACUGAUUGGACCCAUUCACAGAGUAAUGUGUUUAAGGAGACUCUCUCUAUCCCUCCCCCCUGUGGUCUGUCCAUCUCCUGUCCUCAGCAGAUCUCUCACUUCUCUUCCGCUGUUAGCAGCCUUGACGAUUCAUGGUCAUCAACGCCGAAGAGCGACUCAGAGCUAACCAAUCAGAACAAAGACAACCCGGAGAUGUUGUGGACCUGGGGGGAGCUGCCACAGGCUGCCCAGCCAUCCUUCCUGACUUCCCACCAGAAGCAGGACUCUGCCAUAGCAGUCUCCAUCCCGAUGUCUGCCAGCACUCACUUCAGAGCCAUCAGUGACACUGGACCCCCCUCACUCAGUCUUUAUGUUCCCCAGCCAGGGGAGACUGCUGCUCACAGUGGGGAAAAGGACACAGAGGAAAGCAAAAAUGGAGCCAGGGUCAGAUUAAGCAUUAAGACUGAGGACAGGGUUGGAGGAGAUGAAGGGAGAGAGGUGGAAAGUGUCGGCUUAUCAUGUGGAGAGAUGGAGGGUUUAACAGCCUGCUCAGUGUCUCCCAGGGUUCUCCCUGAUCAUCUUGAUCAAGGUGGGAAUAGAGGAAGUCCCAUCAGAAGAACUGAUUCGCCCUCUAAGAAGAAAGAAAAGAGAAGCCAACACCUGGGAUCUGAUGGCAUAUACCUGGAUGACAUUACAGAGCUGGAGCCUGAAGUAGCUGCUCUCUACUUUCCUAAAAGUGAUGGAGGUGGUAGCUCCAUGAGGGGAGACUCAGAGAUGAUGAUGAUGGGAGUACGGAGCGCUAACCAGUCCCCACAGUCAGUGGGCAGCAGUGGGAUGGACAGCGGCGUAGACAGUUUGUCUGACCAAAUAGCGACCCUGCCUCAUGUCGCCAUCUCUUUGUGUGGAGGACUCACUGACAAUAGGGAGAUCACAAGAGAGCAGUUCCAGGAGAGGGCAAUUUCCUACCAGCAGUUCUCUGAAAACCCUUCAAUUAUUGAUGACCCUAACCUGGUGGUCAAAAUAGGAAACAAGUACUACAACUGGAACACAGCAGCUCCUGUCAUGUUGGCCAUGCAAGUCUAUCAGAAACCGUUGCCACAGGCCUCAGUGGAGAACAUCAUGAAAGAGAAGAUGCCAAAGAAAGGAGGACGCUGGUGGUUCUCAUGGAGGAGCAGAAACAAUGACUCCAAAUCAGAAUCAGUGACAGAGGCAGAAGGAGACCAAGGAGAGAGUUCACUCACUAUGCCCUCAGUAAACAGGAUGAAGGAUGAGUCAUCCUCUAGUGAUGAGGACCACAGAUCAUCCAAUCAGGCGUCAGGAUCCUGCCAGUCAGAGCUCCUCAUGAGUUCUGGCAACGUCUGUUAUAAGAAGACUCUUCGGCUUACCUCAGAGCAGCUGGCUAGCCUGCAGCUGAAGGAGGGUCCUAAUGAUGUGGUGUUCAGUGUGACCACUCAGUAUCAGGGCACCUGUCGCUGUCAUGGCACAAUCUAUCUUUGGAGCUGGGAUGACAAGAUUGUCAUCUCCGACAUAGAUGGAACUAUCACCAGGUCAGACACCCUGGGUCACAUCCUCCCCACACUGGGUAAAGACUGGACCCACCAGGGUAUUGCACGGCUCUACCACAAAGUCAGCCAGAAUGGAUAUAAAUUCAUGUACUGCUCGGCGAGGGCCAUUGGCAUGGCUGACAUGACGCGAGGCUACUUGCACUGGGUCAGUGAGAGGGGAACCAUGCUGCCAAUGGGCCCAGUGCUGCUCAGCCCCAGCAGCCUUUUUUCUGCCUUGCACAGGGAGGUGAUUGAGAAGAAACCAGAGAAGUUUAAGAUUGAGUGUCUCUCAGACAUCAAGCAUCUUUUCUACCCAAACACAGAACCUUUCUACGCUGCUUUUGGCAACAGAGCUACGGAUGUGUAUUCCUAUAAGGAGGUGGGUGUUCCUCUGAACAGGAUUUUCACUGUCAAUCCUAAGGGGGAGCUGAUACAGGAGCACGCCAAAACCAAUAUCUCCUCCUUUGGGCGUCUGUGCGAGGUGGUCGACCAUGUCUUUCCAGUCCUAGUUCGAGCUGAGGGAGCAGAACUCCCGUGCACUGACACCUUUGGCCAGUGCAACUACUGGAGUGAACAAAUUCCUGAUGGCAUCAACCAGGAAGAAGAAGACACACAAACACUUGAGACAAGCUAAGAAACCCCCAUCAAAUCCAGCACUGAAGACGCUGUGUUCUAGCUUUUCAACACAGCACAGUCAGGCACCACAUUGCGGUCAGUGGUUUUGUGAUUCAUCGUGUAGCCGGCAGCCAAAAUGUCAAAAUGCUGAUUAUUUUACAAUCAUGGCACCAACAUGUUACUUAAGAUAAUUAUAACAGCGACUACUGAUUCAAAUUAGAUGAAUGUGUUUUCAAUAUCCCUCAAUAACAAAUCACCUUGCCAUCAUUCAGCAGAACACAAGCAGAUAUUUGAGUCAAUUUCAAAUAAGUUUAAAAAAACAGCAAAUGAAUUGAUUUGAGAAAAAAAGAGGGGAAAUGCAUUUCAACAGCUGCCUGAGGAGUGCUCAAGACUCUCAUAUCACACCUUUGCAAGUGCACUGACACACACACACACACAUACAUACAUACACAUGAGUAAAACUUCCAUAGCCAACGCACAACACUGCAGGAUAUAAGUAUAAUAUCCAUCACUGCAUGUUUUUUAGCUCCUUAAGAGAUUCCUUUGACUACCAGGUUACCAGUCUCUUCUUCAUACCACAACACUCUUCAUUUACACCGGUGGAUAGAAAAGCUUCCACACACAUGAAAACAAUUAUUUUGCGCCCGUAUGGCUAUAUGAAGUCCACUAAAACAUAAGGACUCAUCGUGUUAAAUUAGAUAAAAAAAUAUUUUGCAGAAAUUCUGCUGGAUUAUAUGCAAGCAGCCCUUCCAGACUGGUUUCCACAUUUGACAAUAAAAUAUAAAUUAUACAAUUCAGAUUUUCAAACCAGCCUGUUUUGUGCAUCAAAUAAUCAGUAGAGACUGACUUGGUUAAAGUUUUACCUGGUCCAGGUAUGUGGUAGUAUUCUUUUCUGACCUCAAGUGCAGUAGACACAGCACUUUGCACCAGAAACACCACAUUAUAGUACAUUAUUGUAAAAUCAUCCAGAACAUGCAAAAAUAGCACAGAUAGUGUAUCCAGUCCUCUUCUGUGCCAAACUCUUUUGCAGGUCCAGUUAAAUGUGUGUGGUCUUCUGACCAAGUUACUGUGAAAGAUGUGGCUCUGGCACAUUUUCUAACUAGUGUUCAUUGACAUUACUCAAGAUAAAUGCAGGACAAUGCAAAUAACUUCAGUCUGUGUUCUUUCUGUCUGUUUUUAUACGUACGUACGUAAUAAAUUAACACCAGUGAUAUGCUAGAAUGUAGUACGUAAAUCACUCAGAGUGUGUUUUAUUUUAACGACUAAUGCUCAUCAAUGCAAUCACUGUAUACGCCCAUACAGGACUACAAUUAUGUAUUUUUUGUGUUGUAAUGUUACUGCACAAAUCAGUAUACGUUUAUGUAAAGCACUUAUCUGUCCUAUAGUGGAGAAUGAAUGCAGUAUAUUCAGAUGCUGUAAGGAUCUCUCUUUACAAACGCACCUAUUUUCCGUUGUUUAUACGUUUUAAUUUUUUAUCAAAUGUUUUCUGUUAACAUCUACUGUACUUCGUUUAUGUGAGAUGGAUGCCUGUCUGCCUGAUUGUUUUUACCACAUGUAUAACUUAAAAUGGGGGAAACCACUGUAAAAAAUGAAGGGUUUUUGUUUUUUGAGAAUCCGCUAACAUUUUGAGGGCUGAUAUGUUGUCUGAGAUACUUUGCUAAUGGUGCUCAUUCAAUGAACUUUGCCAUUUUAUGCUUUACUACAAAUGUCUUUCUAAACCAGCUGCCUCCUGUUGCACUAAGAGGUGGCAGUUUCGAUGUGACCACUAAAGCAAUAGAUCAACAUGAAGGUAUUUUAGGAAAGCCAAUACAUGGAUUAAUAGAUUGAUGUAACAUCAGCUGUUAAUCCUACAUCACUUUGUUUCAUUUGGUCCCUCUGGUUUAUAUCAUGGGCAUCAUGAUCGGCAGUUACAUGAAGUACAAACUACAGUAUGUUUGAAAAUACUUGUAAUUCUUGCUUCUCCAAUAUAAAACCGCCUUUAUUCAUGUUAAGUCAAAAUUGAAUGGCUGAAAACAGCUUUGAAUGAAUGACAUAUCUUGAAGAAAAAGAAUAAGAAAUUCUACUAUCAUCUUGAUUUUAAAUGAUCUGGAAAAACAAAUCUCAAAGUAAUUAACCAGAUUUUAGUUAGAACUUAACAAGGGUAUUUGUACCCUGAUAUUAAUGUAUCCUAUAUUGAAAAAAAGUAAAAUCAAAAUGGCAGAUUACUGUGAAAAUGAAAUCUGACUGUAGUCUGACUGAGUGUGACUAUGUCUGUUAUACUGUUAUAUACUCUUUGUGCUUUGAUGCUGUAUUGUGGUUGACUUUGCCUAAAGGAAACUAAUCAGGAAUGAACCCUCGAUCUGAUCUAAAACUGUUAAUGUUGACCAUGAUGUUGACAUGCCUUUUGGUGAGUCCAGUUUAAUUUGUAUCAGAGGAAAAGAUGCAUGCUUUUGUAAUGUUAAAAUAUAUGCAUAUUUACAUGGAUGUAAUGGUCACUGUCUUGUCACCUGAUGUUUGUAGGGAAGUACCUAAAAAAACAGAGAGACAUUAAACUGUUUGGCUAAAAACUGUCUAUUAUGACAGUUUGGGGCUUUGACAUAAUUUAUUAUAACAACGAGGUUUAAGAUAUAAUUAUUCCGUUCAAAAACAGACUCUGAUCUAUGUGAGGUCAGUGUCACUUAAUAAUCAAAACACACUUUUCACAUGAUUAUGUGACAGUUUCUGGUAAUUAUAGCAUAAAGAUCUAUUAUAAUAUUUUAUCUAUUAAAUAUGGAAGUCAAAGGAAGCAAAGAUGACAUGUCUUUUUCAAUGUACGUAAUGCUCUUCCCAAUUUUUUGGUAGUAAAUCAUAUUUUUGAUGAUUAUCACCUAAUUCUUUCUGUGAAAGAUCUGUUUAAACUCUUGAUCCAGUCUGUCUCUGUCUCGACAUGGAUGUUGAUGAAGUGUGUUGUCCCGUGUAAAGAUUAUGUUAUGCUAAGCAGGAGCCUACCGAGCAGUGUGCAGUGCAAGCUAUUGUUAACAAUGUAGUUUGAAUAAAUCUGUGCAAUGGACACAUUUUUCAAUAAACUCAAAGGUGGUUGCUU